ACAGAGCAGCACUUCACAACACUACUAAGGAAACACUCUGAACCCCUUCACCCUCAAAACCACCAGCAGCAACCAUGUCUGAGAGACGCAUUCCAUUCACCCUGCUGCGGACCCCCAGCUGGGACCCCUUCCGCGAGUACCACCAGGGCAGCCGCAUCUUCGACCAGGCCUUUGGCAUGCCCGCCCUGUGCGAGGAGAUGCCCGCCUUCCCCGCCACCAGCCACUGGCCGGGCUACAUGAGGCCGCAGUUCAUGAGCCCCAUGAUGAGCGCCGACAUGGGCUCCAUGAUGGCGGCCCAGGCCAUGAUGCCCCACCAGGCGGCCCCCCACAUGAUGACGCCCAUGGUGAACCCCGGCGCCGUCAUGGCCCAGCAGCAGGCAAGGGCCAUGUCGCGGCAGAUGAGCACGGGCAUGUCGGAGAUCAAGCAGACGGCGGACAGCUGGAAGGUGUGCCUGGACGUCAAUCACUUCUCCCCCGAGGAGCUGGUGGUGAAGACCAAGGACGGUGUGGUGGAGAUCUCCGGUAACCAUCAGGAGAGAAAAGACGAGCAUGGCUUUGUGUCAAGAAGUUUCACAAGAAAAUACACGCUGCCCCCCACGGCCAACGUAGAGAAGGUGCAGUCCAGCCUGUCCCCAGAGGGCAUGCUGACGGUGGAGGCCCCGCUGGCCAUGCAGGCCAUCCAGGCCUCUGAGAUCACCAUCCCCGUGAAGAACGAAGUGGCCAAGAAAUAGGAGGAGCGGGGGGUGUGGUGGGAUGUCCAUGUUAGAUACAAAUUGCGUGAUUUGUGUGUAGGUUGAAGUGCACACACACACACACACACACACACACACACACACACACAAACACACACAUACAGUUAAACUCAUGUAUGGAAACAUACACAGACAUGCAUGCAGCCAGAAACACAGACACACGCACACACAAACAUACCCAUACACGUAGUAUGUGUUGUCACUUUCCUACACAGACGUGUGUACUUUUCUGAAAAUGGAUCAUAAAACAAUUGGGCAAAACAAAUGUCUCUGUCUCACAUAUAUAUAUAUAUAUAUAUAUAUAUAUAUAUAUAUAUGUAGAGAGAGAGAGAGAGAGAGAGAGAGAGAGAGAGAGAGAGAGAGAGAGAGAGAGACAGAGAUUUUGAAUGUGCCAUUCCUGACACACAGAAAGACACCAGAGAGCCUGUGCACGAUAGAACCACAAUCAAACCACAACAGACUUUGGAAAUUGGUAAACCAAUGUCCCCUGAGAAGGUAUACUCUCCAACCACAUUGUUGACCCAACGGUAUUUAUUGUAUGAAGCCUUCUGUGAAUAAAAUGGCUUUCAUUUGGAGUUGCCUCUUGAACAAUUGAUUGCGAUUCUGUGACCUAUGCAAGCAGAACAUUGAAAACAAACAUUGGAUUUGUUAUUUUUUGUUGUUGCUGUUGUCACUGAUGAGGAUGAGGAUGAUGAUGAUGACCAUCCAUGUGUGGGCCCCUCCCCUCGCAUUUAUGUGGUCCUAAAUGUGUUUCAUAUGGCUGAUAUCCAUAAAGGUUUGAAUGUUUCAACUUAUAAUGGCAUGCGUUGCACCUUUAUUUCAAUGUGUGUUUCAAUAAAAGACUGGAAUUUGA